UCCUUCAUCCCUCCAUUCUCCAUUCUCCCCUCUCCCUUCACUCUGAUUAAUUUAUACAACCCUCCCCCAAAGUCUGUGCGGCGUCCGACCGCUCAUUGUCCUCUCUCUUCUUUCUCCACAUCCCCCCCUGUCACACACAUCAACAUCCUUUGUAUCUCGUCCUUUUCCAUUCUCUCUCUCUCUCUCUCUCUCCUCUCUCUCUCUCUCCUUCCUUCAUGACUUGCUCAUUGACCGGGCCAUACGCUUGAUUCUACUUUAAUUCAUUCACAAUUCAUUUCUCCAUUCUAUUCUAUUUCCAUUUCAUUCCAUUCCAUUCAUUUUUAUUUCUAUUUUUAUUCUAUUUUUUUCCUCAUUCAUUUAUACUAUUCCAUAUAUUAAUUCUCCAUAAUCAUGAGCACGUUUGACGGAAAAGCUCCCAUGAAGUACAUGCCCGACACUGUCGAGUCAUUAUCACUCUUCUUCUCGCUUUCAUGUAUCACCCUUAUGUCAGCACUCUUUGGCCGCAAGACUGCAGGAACUCAAUUUAGUAAUAUCAACUAUGCACGUGGUCUCGUCGUCAGUCUAUAUCUGGUCUCAUGGCUGUUCUCAAUCAUGGCAGCCAUGUUAGUCCAGACCAACAAUUUCAACCUAUUAUCCUGUCAAAUGUCCAUCUUCAUCUGUAUUAUCCUCUACGGAUCAUGCAAACUCGUGAUCUACUUGUUCCUGAUCGAGCGUGUACAUAUUGUUACCGCUGUAGGGAUCAGGCGAUGGAAUUGCCCCAUGUUUAAAUUCAACAUGUUCCUACUCACUCCCUACGCGGUUGUCUUUGUAUUGGCCGUCCUAUUCCGUGUCGCUGUUAUCACAGACGAAGGCGAAUGUCAGAUUGGACUACAGGGUGCAGCAGCGAUCCCUUAUAUCAUUUAUGAUGUCCUCUUGUCUUGCUGGCUCACAGCGCUCUUUUUACGGUCCUUGGUUUCCUCUACUUCCAUGCUUCAGGGUCCUACAAAGAGCAAGCUUCGAGAUGUAGCCCGCAGGACCUUAAUUGGAUCAGUUUUUGCUCUGAUCCUCUCCUGUGCCAACAUUUCAACCCUUGUCUAUUUUCAAGGCACUGAACGAGGGCUGUUCUGUCUAGCCUCUUGUACCUUGGAUGUCACACUCAAUGCAAUCACAAUCCAUUGGGUGACAUCAAGUGGUAAAAGUAAAAGAUAUGCAAGAGUCGGUGGAGGUUAUCGAGGUGGUUCAAGUAGUAAUGGUGAGCAAAGACUCUCCAGGGUUGGAGCUCAAUUUGCAAUGCCCGGCUUUGGAGCUUACCGUAAAGAUUUGUCACCACGCGACUCACAUAUCUCAGUAUCGAUUGAGUCUUAUGUAGAAGAAUAUCAUCAAAUGCACAUUGCCAGCAAAGUACAACCACCCGAACCAGCGCGAUACGAAUAA